UGUGAGACCUGAUUGCUAUGGGGAAGCUUCGAAUCAGGAGGAGCUGUGAAGCUACUAUGUGAGCAACUUCAGUGUCGGUGCAGAAUGCUUCCACCCACCUGGAGAAAACAUCUAUAAAAACUAGAGUCCACGUAGCCUUCCCGGCCAGGCUGGUCUGGAGGAGGUCUGUUUCCCCAGGAGAAGCCUCACUCCACUAGUUGGGGACCCCAUGAAAAUCAAGCUACAGUCAGCUGCAACAUGGACCACGGAUGUCUCCAUGGCCUUCAGUAUCAGCAGGGACCACAGAGCCCAGCAUGACCCAGACCUUUUCUUCAGGAAAUACUUCAGGGGCAAAUGAAUGUGAAGCUCUCAGGGCUCCCAGGGCUACACAAAGAAAACCUGCUACCCGCUUCUCCUCCCAACAAAAAAAAAUUUACAGAGAAAGGAAAAGAAAAAGUUCAAAGAUGGGCUGGAAGUGUGGCUCAGUGUACACAGCCCCCAAGUCCUACCCCUUGAUGAAUAGGGUGGAAAUAUAGGACUGACCUCCUGGCCUCAAACUCAGAGAUCCUCUGUCUCCUAGAUGCUGAGAAAGGCUAACACACCUGGUCUUCACAGAAGGUCACAGUGUAUCCACAGUAAGAAUUUAUAUGAAUCUUAAACCCGGCACAGUGGGUGUAACAGGAUGUCGCAGACAUGUGAAUGUAAGGAUGUCCAGAGACUCUGUGUAAUCUUCCCAGUUAGUGGGAGCUGUUUUACAACUGUGCACACGUCCUUACAGACUGAAGGGUUCUGGCUGGAAGCAUGAGUAACCUCUCUUUUUUUAAGAGGCAGUUUUCUUUCUUUCUUUCUUUCUUUAUUUUUUAUAAAAAGAUUCAUUGAUUUUAUUUAUAUAAGUACACUGUAGCUGUCUUCAGAUACACCAGAAGAGGGCAUCAGAUUCCGUUACAGACUGUUGUGACCUAGAUAAACAAGUUUUGGGAAAUUGAACUCAGGAAGUCUGGACGACUACUCUGUUCUACUAACCACUGAGCCAUCUCUAAAACCCAGGGGUGGUGUUUCUUUACAUGCUCGUUUAGGUUAUCUGAUCGUGGAUAGGUUGUGUAGCAGAUCUGACAUUGGUGGGGCCGAUCCCCAGUGUGCUUUCUCAUGUGGCGUGUGAGCUCAUCUGAGCGAGAGAACGUCCAUGUGCAUCUGGAGCAUUUGUAGGGCUUCUCCCCUGGAUAAGAGAGAAAGAGAUGCUUGUUACACUCAGGGGAAGAAGGGACAGCAUCCUGACAGUGAUGGAGCACAAGGUUCAACAAGGUGGAUGGAGAGGACACUGAGGUAUGCAAAGGAGUAGCUGGACAGGAAGAGGAGUGGGACAGCUGAGGAGAACAUGGAGAGACAGGGAGAAAGAAGGAGCCACAAUAAGAGGAUAAGGAAGGGAUAAAUAAGGAAGGCAAUGGAGGAGUGAGUGAGAAGGAAGAGGGUACAAGGAGAAAAUCCCACAGAGGGAGAGUCUAGAGUCUGAAAUGGACAUAAGUCAAUAGUCCUAGUACCUUCAUGGCUCAGGUGGCAGCAUUUCUUGUACCUGAGUGUUCAAGAACAGUGUGGACAACAUGGUGAGAACUCACCUAUGUGAAGGGGAGACCAGGAACCUCCACAAGGCAACAAACUAAUACCCCACUUAUCCCAUCAUGCAGUGCAAAGACAUCACAGAAGACUGUAGCACAGCACACACUACCCUACCGCCUGGAGGAUCAAGAAAACUCCAUACCCAAUUUCAAACUUGCCAUCCUUCCCCACGUUAUCCUCUGGGACAGAGCUCCAGGACAAGGCAAUAGUUUAAAUAGCCAACCGUAUGCAGGCAGAUCUGUGGCCACUUAUCCCCCAAACCCCAUAUCCAGACAGAUCCUCACUCACCAGUGUGUUUGCGAAUAUGGCCUGUGAGGUGGGAAGACUUUGAAAAAGAAUGUCCACAGUAAUGGCAGAUGUAGGCCUUCCCUGUGUUUUGGGUUGGGGUCCUGAGGCCAUUCUUCCUGUGUGGGAGAUUUCCUGGCACCACAGGGAAGUCUGAAGAGCAUGCGGAUGUUUGACCCUGGACCAUGUGGGAGAUUGAAAAAUCUAACACUGUGUCUCCAUGGGGCAUCUGACUACUAACAAGGGACAUCAUCCAUCCUGUAUUACAGGUCUGGUCACCAUUGGUGGUAGUUGUCUGAUCCCCAUCGAAGGUUGGGUUACCCUCCGUGGCUGUCAUAUAAUAUCUGUAGAAGUUCUGAUGAUCAUCACUGGGGGUCAUUUUCUGAUUUCCAGAGAGAGUCUGGAAACCAGUUAUCUGAGCCCCGUCAUAAUGACUGCUGGGAUUCAUUGGCUGACCCUUAAAGAGUGUUUGAUCGCCGAAGUGACUUGUUGUUUGAUCUCCAUAGAGAAUUGGGUUACCAUCAGAGGGUACUGCCUGCUUUCUAUAGAAGGUGGUCUCAUCGCUGGCAGUGUUUUUCUGAUUUCUAUGGAGAACCUGGUUAGAAUCAAAAGACACUGUCUGAUCCCCAGAGUGAGUUUGUUUAGAUUUGUGGGCCAUUGUUUGACCUCUAUAGAGACUCUGGUUAUUGUCAAAAGGCAUUGUCUGAACCCCAGAGACAGUAUGGUUCAGAUCACGGAGCAUGGGUUGACCCCUAUAGAGAGUCUGGUUAGUAUCAAACGGCAAUGGCUGACCCCCAAAGAGUGUCUGGUUAGUAUCAAAAGGGACUGUCUGACCCCCAUAGAGAUUCUGGUUAGUAUCAGAAGGCAUCUUGUGACCCCCAUAGAGAGUUUGGUUAGAAUCAUGGGGAAUUGUUUGACCCCCAUAACGAAUCUGGUUAUAAUCAUGGGCCAUUGCUUGACCUUCACAGAGAGUCUGGUUAGUAUCAAAAGACAUUAUCUGAUACCCAGAGUGAGAUUGUUUAGAUUUGUGGGCCAUUGUUUGACCCCUAUAGAGACUCUGAAUAUUGUCAAAAGGCAUUGUCUGACCCCCAGAGACAGUAUGGUUAGGAUCCUGGGGCAUUGGUUGACCCGUAUAGAGAGUCUGGUUAGUAUCAAACGGCAAUGGCUGACCCCCAUAGAGAGUCUGGUUUCCAUUGGGAACCGUCAUUUGAUUAUUAUAGUAGGCCUGAUUAGCACUGAGGAUUUUCACCUUAUCUCUGUAUACAUUCUGGUCAUUGUACGUUUUCACCUGAUUUCUAUAGACUGUCUGGUCACCAAUAGCAGUUGUCACCUGAUUUCUAUUGACUUUCUGCUCACUAUUGAAGGUCAUCGUCUGGUGCCCAUGGUAAGUCUGAUUGGCAUUGGAAGUCACCACCUGACCCCAAUCAGAGGCUUGGUUACCCUCAGAAAUGACUGAACAGUCUUCAAAUGAGGAUUGGUAACCACUGAAGCUCACCACAGGGCCCUCUGUAAGAGUUGCUAGCAGAUUAUCAUAAAUGGUAUUUAUCUGGUUGUCUUCAAUAGGGCUUGUCACCUUGGUUCCAGUGGCUGCUGUCUUCUGGUAUGCAGUGAGUAAGGACUUGGAGCUGUCCUGGCCAUGGGUCAGCUGGGUGCUUGCUGUGGAGAGCAUGAUGUCAACAGGCACCAUUUCUUGGCUCAUAGGAACAGCCUUAUGUGGCUGUGCAGGGGGUUUACCAAGGGCUGUUGCAGGGUGCAUUGUUGUGACUGUGUGAGGGACAGAAGAAGAUUCAGAGGUCAUCACAGUGGAACUGCAGGAAGUCAUGACUCUGGGCUGACUUGCGCUGGCCGUCCU